CACACAGACAUGCUCACUGAGCCUGUACCUGCCUCUACUUGUCUGCUCUGGGCAGAUGGCUCCUGGCUUUUGGGUCGCCUCAUCCUACAGCCGAGUUCAGUUAGAACCUUUCUUCUGUGGAGACUGGCAAGCUGUGGGCUAAGGGUUUCAGCAAGGUUACCUGUCUUCAGAGCAUGAAGGAGGCUGCCCAGACAGGGAAGAGGGGUAUACAUAGUGCUUGGGCCCAAUCAGUGUUGGGCUCCCCAUUGCCUCUCCUUUGCAGAACUGUCACUGGCCCUGGGUUGCAAACUCUGUGUGGCUCUGAAGCCCACAAACCAAAAACUGAGAGGGUGUCCAAAAAGAGAAGAAGAAAACAUUUUUGUUGGUCUGUGGAUUCCACUGUUGGAUUCCGGCUGGCAUGGGAAGAGAAGACUACCGGGCGUGAUCAACGAAGGUACCUUAACGGCCUUAGAAAAUGCGUUCCAAAAGCAAUGAAACUGAGGGCACAGCCCAAAAGCAAUUCCCGAGACAUAUGAAAGACCGCAGCUUCCAAGAGUCUGAGGACAUGAAGCACGGAAAGCAAGAUGAACACCCCAUUGGCAAGUCAGACGAAAUCCUUCCGUGUCCCAAGUCAGAGAAGCUACAUGGUGGUCACGGCUGCCAAGCAGACGACCUCUCAAGAGAUGACCUGUUAUUUCUCCUCAGCAUUCUAGAGGGAGAACUGCAGGCUCGAGAUGAAGUCAUAGGCAUUUUAAAGGCUGAAAAAAUGGACUUGGCUUUGCUAGAAGCUCAGUAUGGGUUUGUCACUCCAAAAAAGGUGUUAGAAGCUCUCCAGCGGGAUGCUUUUCAAGCAAAAUCUGCCCCUUGGCAGGAAGACAUCUAUGAGAAACCGAUGAAUGAGUUGGACAAAGUUGUGGAAAAACAUAAAGAAUCUCACAGACGAAUUCUGGAACAGCUUUUAAUGGUAGAAAAAUCCCAUAGGCAAACCAUAUUGGAGUUAGAGGAAGAAAAGAGAAAACAUAAAGAAUACAUGGAACAGAGUGAUGAAUUCAUAAGUUUACUAGAACAGGAAUGCGAAAGAUUAAAGAAACUGAUUGAUCAAGAAACUAAGUCCCAGGAGAAGAAAGAAGAAGAAAAGGAGAAAAGGGUCACUGCCCUGAAAGAGGAGCUGACCAAGCUGAAGUCUUUUGCUUUGAUGGUAGUGGACGAACAACAAAGACUGACGGCACAGCUCGCCCUUCAAAGACAGAAAAUCCAAGACCUGACCACAAAUGCAAAAGAUACACAUGCCAAACUAACCCUUGCUGAAGCCAGAGUUCAGGAAAAAGAGCAGAAAGCAACCAGACUAGAAAAGGAACUGCAAACGCAGACCACAAAGUUUCAGCAGGACCAAGACGCAAUUAUGGCGAAGCUCACCAAUGAGGACAGUCAAAAUCGCCAACUUCGACAAAAGCUGGCAGCACUCAGCCGGCAAGUUGAUGAGUUGGAAGAGACAAACAGGACUUUACGAAAAGCAGAAGAGGAGCUGCAAGAUAUAAAAGAAAAAAUCAACAAGGGAGAAUAUGGAAAUGCUGGCAUCAUGGGGGAAGUAGAGGAGCUCAGGAAACGUGUGCUAGAUAUGGAAGGGAAAGAUGAAGAGCUUAUAAAAUUGGAGGAGCAGUGCAGAGAUCUCAAUAAGAGGCUUGAAAAGGAAACAUCACAGAGUAAAGACUUUAAACUAGAGGUUGAAAAACUCAGUAAAAGAAUUAUGGCUCUGGAAAAAUUAGAAGAUGCUUUCAACAAAAGCAAAGAAGAAUGCUACUCUCUGAGAUGCAAUUUAGAAAAAGAAAGGAUGACCACAAAGCAGUUGUCUCAAGAACUAGAGAGUUUAAAAGCAAGGAUCAAAGAGCUUGAAGCCAUUGAAAGUCGGCUGGAAAAGACAGAAUUCACCCUAAAAGAGGAUUUAACUAAACUGAAAACAUUAACUGUGAUGCUUGUAGAUGAGCGGAAAACAAUGAGUGAAAAAUUAAAGCAAACUGAAGAGAAGUUACAAGCAGCUUCUUCUCAGCUUCAACUAGAGCAAAAUAAAGUAACAACCGUUACUGAGAAGUUAAUUGAGGAAACUAAAAGGGCACUCAAAUCCAAAACUGACGUGGAAGAAAAGAUGUACAGCGUAACCAAGGAGAGAGACGAUUUAAAAAAUAAACUGAAAGCAGAAGAAGAAAAAGGAAAUGAUCUUCUGUCAAAAGUUAAUAUGUUAAAAAAUAGGCUUCAAUCAUUAGAAGCAAUUGAGAAAGAUUUCCUAAAAAUCAAAUUAAACCAAGAUUCUAGUAAGUCCACAACAUUACACCAAGAAAACAAUAAGAUUAAAGAGCUUUCUCAAGAAGUGGAAAGACUGAAACUGAAGCUAAAGGAGAUGAAAGCCAUCGAGGAUGACCUCAUGAAAACGGAGGAUGAGUAUGAGACUCUAGAACGAAGGUAUGCUAAUGAACGAGAGAAAGCUCAGUUUUUAUCUGAAGAGUUAGAACAAGUUAAAAUAGAACUUGCCAAGUACAAGUUAGCAGAAAAGACAGAGUCUAGCCAUGAACAGUGGCUUUUCAAAAGGCUUCAAGAAGAAGAAGCUAAGUCAGGGCACCUCUCAAGAGAAGUGGAUGCCUUAAAAGAGAAAAUUCAUGAAUACAUGGCAACUGAAGACCUAAUAUGUCACCUCCAGGGAGAUCACUCAGUUCUGCAAAAGAAACUAAAUCAACAAGAAAACAGGAACAGAGAUUUGGGAAGAGAGAUUGAAAACCUCACCAAAGAGUUAGGAAGGUACCGGCAUUUUAGUAAAAGCCUCCGGCCUAAUCUCAAUGGAAAAAGAAUCUCUGACCCUCAAGUAUUUUCUAAAGAAGUUCAGACAGAAGCAGUAGAUAAUGAACCACCUGAUUAUAAGAGCCUCAUUCCUUUGGAACGAGCAGUCAUCAAUGGUCAAUUAUAUGAGGAGACUGAUGACCAGGAUGAGAACACUAAUGAUGAGGAAUCUGUGCUGUCCUUCAAAUGCAACCCGUCUACUACCUGUCCUGUUAACAGGAAACUAUGGAUUCCUUGGAUGAAAUCCAAGGAGGGUCAUCCUCAGAAUGGAAAAAUACAAACUAAACCCAAUGGCAACUUUGUACAACCUGGAGAUCUAGUCCUAAGCCACACGCCUGGGAAGCCACUUCAUAUAAAAGUUACUCCAGACCAUGUCCAAAACACAGCCACUCUUGAAAUCACAAGUCCAACCACAGAGAGUCCUCAUUCCUACACAAGCACUGCAGUGAUACCAAACUGUGGCACCCCAAAGCAAAGGAUAACUAUCCUUCAAAAUGCCUCUAUAACACCAGUGAAAUCCAAAAUUUCUACAGAAGGCCUCAUGAAUUUAGAACAAGGCAUGUCCCCAAUUACUAUGGCAACCUUUGCCCGAGCACAGACCCCAGAGUCUUGUGGUUCUUUAACUCCAGAAAGGACAAUGUCUCCUAUCCAGGUUUUGGCUGUGACUGGCUCAGCCAGUUCUCCUGAGCAGGGACGCUCCCCAGAGCCAAUAGAAAUCAGUGCCAAGCACACAAUUUUCAGAGUCUCCCCAGACCGGCAGUCAUCAUGGCAGUUUCAACGUUCAAACAGUAAUAGUUCAAGUGUGAUAACUACUGAGGAUAAUAAAAUCCACAUUCAUUUAGGAAGUCCUUACAUGCAAGCUGUGGCCAGCCCCGUGAGACCUGCCAGCCCCUCAACCCCACUGCAAGAUAACCGAACUCAAGGCUUAACUAAUGGGGCACUGAACAAAACAACCAAUAAAGUCACCAGCAGUAUUACUAUCACACCAACAGCCACACCUCUUCCUCGACAAUCACAAAUUACAAUCAAGGAGCUCAGCAAGCAAGGAAUCCCAAAACGUAUCCCUAAGCCAAAAUCUACAGGCAUCUCUAAGUUUUCCACUAAAGCUCCCCCAGGGCUUAUGGAUAAACCUAUUAACCAAAAUGGCUGUGAGAAGCUACACAUCAUAAAGACUGUUACCUCCAACACUUACCUCCAUGUGGGAGGAAAAAGAGAAGGAGACUGGCUCUGUCAUCCGGGCUGGAGUACAGUGGCACGAUCAUAGUUUACUGCAUCCUUAAACUCCACGGCUCAAACAAUCCUCCUGCUUCAGCUGCCAAGUAGAUGGGACUACAAACAUGCGCCACUACGCCUGGUUAAUUUUUCUUAUUUGAUUUUUGUAGAGACAGGGUCUUACUAUAUUGCCCAAGUUGGUCUCAAAUUCCUGGCCUCAAGUGAUGCUUCCACCUUGGCCUCCCAAAAUGCUGAGAUUACAGCACUGGCCGUCAUAGAACAUUCUUUAUUUGCAUCCCUUUCCUAAAUGAAGACUAUAAAAAAAGCAGAUGAUUCAAUGAGGGCUUGGGAUCAGGAGACUCAAAUUCCGAUCCUGGCUUUUCAUUCAUGUGACACUGGGUUGGCAUUCCUCAACUUAAGCCUUGAGUUUCCGAUAUGCCACACAAGAAAGCAGAAUAAUUCUUCAGGUCCCUUCAUGUUCUGAUAACCUAUGAGCAUGCCCAACUACAGUAGGUUGAAUUCAAACAGCUAUGUAUACGGCUGAACACAGUCCUCUGGAAGUAAUCGAAGUAAUUCUUCUCAUCGCAAUGGAAAUUCUCUCACUGAAUUAAAAGAAAGGUGUGCCUAUAAUUCAGUGUAGACAGAGUAACACAAGACAUUUAAGACACAGGCAUUUUUGACUUAGACUACAAUUACAUUUCAAAAACCCUCAAUCAAGAGAUGAAGAACAUAAUCCAACAUUUUCUGUGAUCCUUCACCAAAAACUGGAGGCAUGACGUUAGAAGACAUUUUUGAAGGACUGCUUUAGCUGACUGUCUUGUGAUAAAGCCAGCAGAGAGGGAGCGAAGGAACUGCUAUUCCCUACUCAUCUAGCUAAGCUUGCUUUAAAGCACUGAUACAUACCAUUAUACAAACACUCCUGAGCCCAUCCAAUUUCAAGGAGAAGGAUAAAAAGCAAGAGGCCUGGGCAGCAGAGAGGAAUGAUGUGCAGCAGUCCCAGCAGGCAAGUGGCAGAGGGAGAAAGUGGGGAGGUCAAUUAAAUUAAAAGCCAGAAAUGGGAAAGUCUAAGUUACAGGAAAGUGGUAAAAGAAUAGUGGAAGGGAAUGGACUACAAAGAAGGUGAUGAAGCUCAGACACCAAAAAUAACAUACCUAAGUAUGGAGUGCUCAGCACUGUGCCUGACAUAAAACAGGUGUUUGGUCAAUCCUGAGUAAGUAGACGAUGAGUGAAUAAAGGAAGAGAAAGGCUAUUCAGUAAAGACUUGAGUGAGAAAACAUGUUAACAGAUGGAAAUGGUACAUGACAGGGUUAGGAAAAGAAGUUACUCCCAGAUAACACUCAACAUCGGUAAUUAUACCAAUGAGAAAAAAAAGAAACUCAGUGGAACCCCUAGAGCAAACACUAAACAAAUUAAAACGAAGCUUAAAACAGGAAAAACAGUGUGCACUGAUAAGAGCCCCACUAAAACAGGAUACCCUGGGAAAGUUUUAAUUCAAAAAGGAGCACAAAAUACGUUGUAUGUUAGAGAUUUCAAAAUCGUUUUCUCUGAUGUCAGUUUAUUCCUAAAGUAUUUCUAUGCCAAACUGGGCAUAAGUUAAAGAGCAAGUGGGAAAAGAGGGACAAGAUAUUGUACAAAGACCUAAAAAAAGGAUAAGAGAAUAUCAGACACUUCUUUGUCAACCAGCAGAAAUUCACCUUUAAAUGGUAAUGCAGUUCUUAUCUCAUGAAUACAAGUCUUUAAAAUUCUGUUUUAAUAAAAGGAUUACCAACUAAAAACACAUUUACUUCAAGCAAUAAAUAUAUAUAUAUUUAAAUGCCAAUAUGUAUGUAUACUAUUUGAAGUUCAACAAAAUGGUGUUUGCCAUAUAUAAAACAACUAAAAUAUAAAAAAUCCUGCCUCCUGAGCACAAUUCUGUUCCUAUAGAAGUGUGGCUCCUCGAAAAACAAAGAAAAUAAAAAAUGCUGUCCAAAUAUUCUGGAGUGACUUCAGUUGAUUCAAUUUUUAAAAGUAAGCUGACAAAAAUCCAAGUGAAUGAAAACACAUCCAUUUGUAACAAACAAUUUAAAAACCUGACACACUUUUAUUCUAGAGUCUUUCCCCAGCCCUUCCUUUAUUUGGUUUCAAUGAUUUCUGAACUAAUCUCCAUGCAAUUUUUUAGAAUCCAGUACCUGAUCUGACCAGAAAUGCGUCUGGUUGAAUACAUGACUGAUAAUUAAGGAUUCAGUAAUGGUCUAAUUAAUGUAAAACACAAUUCUCUCAGGGGUAUAUUUCAAACUCCUUAUUCUUCUAGAGACUUGUGACAUUAACAACUCCGGGUCCAAUUUUGAGUCUGGGGCAGGAAAUGCAAAUUGUGGUCUGUUGGCCAAAUUCAACCCACUGUCUGUUUUUGCAUGGCCUGCUAGCUAAGAAUAUCUUUUACAUUUUUACGUGUUGAAAAUAAAUCAAAAGAAGAAAACUAUAAAGACUCAGGACAUGUUUUGGAAGUAGAGACAAGAGACUUGAUAGAUGAGAUGCAAAGGGCAAAGGAAAUAAAACAAUCGAGAUACUAUUAAGCCUUUGUCAGUGAAACUAAGUAAUUGGUGAUUUAAUUUACUAAGACAGGAAAAUCUAAAGGAAAAGCGGAUUUGAGGAAUAAUUCAAUAGUUGGGUCUUAUUUACAUUUUGUGACAUGAAGAUUACAUAAAAUUCAAAUUUCACUGUUCAUAAGUAAAGUUAUAUUAAAAUACCACACUUUAUUUGUUUAUAUGUUUAUUUUCUAUGACUGCUUUUUUUACAAAAUAACAGUGGAACUGAGUAGUUACAACUGUGACCACUGGACCUGCAAAGCCUAAAAUAUUUACCACCAUCUGGACUUUUACAAAAACAGUUAGCUGAUCCCGGGUCUAGCAUGAAUUAGACUAACAAAGAACUCAGGAAGAAAUGUUUAGGAACUUCAUCAUUUUAAGGAAUAUUAGCAAUUAGUCCACAUGAAAAAAACCAACAAUCCCAUAUAUCAAUGGGCAAGAGACAUGAACCUUCUCUAAAGAAGACAGACAGGGCGGUGCCUGUGGGUCAGUGGGUAGGGCGCCGGCCCCAUAUACAGAGGGUGGCAGGUUCGAACCUGGCCCCCGCCAAACUGCAACAAAUAAAUAGCCAGGUGUUGCGGCGGGCGCCUGCAGUCCCAGCUACUUGGGAGGCUGAGGCAAGAGAACCACCUAAGCCCAGGAGUUGGAGGUUGCUGUGAGCUGUGAUGCCACUGCACUCUACCGAGGGUGACAAAGUAAGACUCUGUCUCUACAAAAAAAAAAAUAAAUAAAUAAAGACAGACAAAUGGCUAACAAACAUAUGAAAAAAUGUUCAUCCCUAUAUAUUAGAGAAAUGCAAAUCAAAACCACCCUGAGAUACCAUCUAACCCCAGUGAGAAUGGCCCACAUCACAAAAUCUCAAAAUUGCAGAUGCUGCCGUGGAUGUGGAGAGAAGGGAACACUUUUACACUGCUGGUGGGACUGUAAACUAGUACAACCUUUCUGGAAAGAAGUAUGGAGAAACCUCAAAGCACUCAAGCUGGACCUCCCAUUUGAUCCUGCAACCCCA